AUGAGACGAAAAAAAUUGACAAAGGACAAUUAUGUCCCAACCUCGUUGGAUGAUAAUUCCAACGAGGAACAACAACCACAACAACCACAACAACAACAACAACAACAACAACCACAACCACAACAACCAUCACCACCAUCACCACCACCACCACCACCACCACAACAACAACAACAAGAACAAAAACAAGAAGAUGGGGUUACGGAGGCUGAGGCCCUUCGUCCGGUGCUUGUGAAUCCUGACCCAGAAGCCCAAUUUCAAGCCGAGCUUGAUAAUUGGGCUCAGGGUUUACAGGCACAACUUACGGACGUUGUGGCCAAUACUGCUGAUGAUGUAUUGGAUCUCGUAGCAAUUAUCGAUGAUCCAAGAUGGCGAGUCGUUACUUUCCGUUUUCGACUCCCAUCCCCCAUCAGUAUGCCACCCAGUCCUCGUCCUUAG